CUUUCGCGCGUUAUUUGUAAUUGACACAGUCUGGUCGGUUUCUUAUUGGGUCGUAGUGACUACUUUUGAGGUUAUUCGGCCUAGAUAUCAAAUAACGUGAGGUUUUUAUGUAUCAUUUGCUUUUUGGAGGGAAGUGGUUGAGCUUUUGACGACAAUCAGUCUAGCUCAGGUGUUCGAAAAUUGUGAAGCGUACGAAGAAGCACGUCAUGCCACGUUCUCAAAUCGUGUCCCACCAGGGUUCGAAUGCAAGUUAUUCGAAAAGAGAAAUCAACCCAGGAAAGCAUUCUAUGACGAGACGUUCGCAAACUCUAUCAACCGAGAGUUUACAAGGAGUAACUAACUCAAACAUUGAUGAUGAAAGUAUCAAUCAAAACUCAAGGAAAAGAAACUUCCAGCUUAUCAAAUCAAAAUCUUUUGUUCCGAUUAUUCAUGAUCGACCUCCAAUAGUCGCUGUUACCCCUAAACUUGCUACAGCAACUCGUGCAGUUUUACGGGCAAAGUAUGACAAUGACGCCAACCGGAGGAGAUGCGUUUUAGAACAAAAAUUAGACGAAAUUAAACAGCGUAAGAUGGAAGAAGAAGCUGAAGAAAUAAAAAGACUUCGUAAGGAGACUGUACACAAGCCGGAACCCAUCAGGCGAUACAAACCAAUCAGAAUUAUUUACAACAGUACCUGAUUCCCUCUAUAUGUUCACUCCGAAUACAACCCCUUAUGUGUAUUUUCGAUUCAAACAGCUUUACAUCGAACUUCAGGAACUCACCGAGCACCUUUAGUGCGACUAAAUGGUCGGGAGAGUUAUCAGAUUUAAGAGUGUUAAAUAUACCCUAUCGAGAUUCAGUCGGUUCGAACGAAGAAUGUCCUUUUCAUUAAAUUCUCUCAAGGUCUGUAGAAUUAUAAAACGUGUUAUCCUUAUGAUAACAGAUAUGUACACGAGGAGUUAGUUAGUUAGACCGUCUUUCAGUUUCGGGGUGGAUGUUGGAAGGCUGCUGAAGG